AUGGUCCGGGUAGUCCUCAUUGUUGCUCCAGGAUCCGCCGUUCUGCUGCCCGGAGUACAAACUCAGGCUGGAGCUGGAAAAGGGUCACACGAGGGGACACAAAUACAAAAGGCAUGUACAAUUUGCUCGGCACAAUGGCCUGCUCGUUUAAUGCUCAGCCUCUGGAAUGGCGACUACUUUGUCCAUAAUGAGUCUUCCUCGAGAGCUAAUUUAAGCUGA